CCAAAACAACAACUAAUCAAAACGGCGUAAAUGUCACUCAACUAGGAAGUGUCUGUUGCCUAACGACCAGCAACUGUUGCCUUAAACAUAAAACAUGCAAAAUGCCUCUCGAAAAGAGUGUUAAAGUGAAAGAAGUUAUUACUUCUCUUUGUAAAUUACUGUCUGUGUUAAGCGUCGAGUCGAUACCAACAGCUGAGGCAUUCAGGAGAGCCAAAUUCAACAGAAAAGAUGCGACAGUGGACAUGGGGAGUUUGCUAAGCAGUCUUUUGCAGAAAGCUUUUGCUCUAGAUUGUGCAUGCUGGGACUUUAGAGACCAAGACUAUGAUAUGCAGCUGCUGUUUGUCAGGAGUGCUCUGUGUUACUGUGGCUAUGGGGCCCCGUGGGUAGUGGGGCCCUGGCCCCCCAGUCACACAGAAGAUGUGGGGAGUCGAGAUUUACUCCUGGCAUUCGGCUGGGUGCUGUCAUCAGGGAAUCUGCUAGACUUCAUGCUGUCUGAGAAGGUUCAUCAGUUAGACACACUCUCAUCUGCACCACUGAUCCCCCAAGGACUAAUACCUGGACAGCCUGAAGUAGCGGCACAUGGACCAGGAGAGGAUGCCUCAGUGAAGAAGGACCCGGUUCUACAGGCUCUGCAGUGGCAAUAUGGGAAACUAAGACUUCAGUGGAAGUGCUUACUCUCAGCCCAGGAGGAGAGGUCCAAAUUCACCCACAGGGUUAUCUCCAGUAUCAGCCCUUCUGCUGUCUGCCAGCCUCACCUCACUGGUUCCCAUUACAGCAACAUGACAUCAACUGCUCUUGACAAGGAGCUGAAGAGGAUACAAGCGUUGAAUGGAAUUCUGGAGGGGUAUCUGGAUUGGAAACUCCACGAAGCUUUAUUCUGGUGCUGGAUGGUACGUCUGCUGUGUUCCAAGCAGGAAGGAAUUUGAGAUUCACACUCCUUUAUCAGAUAUUCUGUUUGUUCAUUCUGUUACAUCGCUGUACCGCCCCAGGUAUUUAUGCUUGGCCAGUUCAUCCAGACAGAUGUGUGAGAUUUUCAGCACCUCCAAAUUAAUUUACUCUGAAAAGUUACCAAUGCUGCUAAAUCUAAUAUUACCCUACUGUUGUUUGAGAGCCAGACUGCUGGUCUGCCUGCAGUAACCUUGCCUAGAUUUGAGUUGUCAUUCACAGUGAUGCACUGGCGCUCCAGGACUCUGAAUCUGGCAGACAAGAGCCCUCGCUCACACUGGCACCUCUCCAAUUUGAAAUGAAGUUGUAAAGAAGUCUCCGGCUAGCAGAAGUGGGUCCUGAGCACUUGGCAGGGGCUUCAUUUUUCACUCUCAGUGUGCAUUUUGAAGUAAAAAGGGAUGUUUUAACUGCUAUUCAGUAAGAGUGGUGAGCUCAUGGGUGUCUUUGAGUUGGACAAAUGGAGGAGGGCUUUUAGUUUUCCCACUUCCAGCACAUCAUACUAUUGAAAUUAUUAAUUUUCUUGUGGUACUUUUAUGUUGAACCUCAAUAUAAGUUGAUAUAAGAUGCACAGUCAGAAUAAAACGCAUUGUGAGGUUUCAGUGAAUUACAAUAUCAUCUAGUAAAUGGAGUUGUGGAAAUACUCUAAACCCUGUUAAUUAAAUUUGUUGAGCCUUUUAGUGAGAAAUUCAAUCUAGACUUUUGAAACGCAGACAAAAGUUCCCCGGUCCAAAGUACAGGAAGAAGCGGAUUGGAAAUCAAAUAGCAUCCCACCGCAUCAAUAGGAAAUCUAUAGUUCUUGAUGAAAGCCAAACAUUUUGGUGGAGUGCUAUAUGGGCAUGAUUGUUUUGUCACCGUCCACACAAGGGUGAUGGAAGCAGCUCUUAAGCGUCGCAGCUAUUGCUUGAGCUGCUGUUGAUUAGCACAAGUUCUUAAAGAAUUAAUUUUCUUUGCAGGUGCUUGCACAAAGAGUUAAUCUGAACUGUCAUGACAUUUUGUAGCAGAACUGUUUUAACAAGAAAACGAUCAGUGGUGCUUGCUGUUAUUAUUGCUCAUACAUAGGGCUAUUAGUUUUUAAACUCCUUAAGGCCUGUUUAGAUAUUUUAACCUUAAAAAUAACUAAAGUUUUAGUAAACGUUCAAAUUCAAGU